ACGGAAUCUGGGGAGCAUGGGAAGAAAGGGGAUUCCUAGAGCGGACCGGGUGGCCUCUCGCAUGCCUCUCUCUCGGCAGUCGAGACGUCAAAGGGGCCCGGUCCUUUCCCGCGGCAAAAGCGCAACCGGGAACCGGGGCAAGCGGGGCCGCGGGCCAGCGAUGGAGGCGGCGACCAGCGAGAAGGAGACGGAGACAAGCGUGGAACAGAAAUACAAACCAAACGCGGAAGCUGGCGAGGGGCAUUCAACUCCUAGCUCAGUAAAGAAGAGAAAAUAUUAUUGCUGUUUUAAGGAUGAAUGGUGCAGAGAACAGCCAUUCAAAGACUGGCUUCAGAAAGUGGACAUGAUGACAGCUGAAUGCAUUCUGUGUCAUCAAGGAUUCUCAAUAAAAUAUGAGGGAAGAGGGGCAGUGACCAGCCAUGCCGAGAGCUCCAAGCACAAAGAAUUAGAGAAACAGCACAAAGAAAUGCCUGAAAUUCUGACCUUUUUUAACAAAGCAAACUUCUCCCAAGAAGAUAUGGUGACUGCUGCGGAAGUAGGACAGGUAUAUCACAGCAUCGUACACCAUCUGAGUUACGCCAGCCAAGCCUGUGCGUAUAAAACACUCUCAAAAAUUUUACCCGACUCUGUCGUCGCAAGAAAAAUGUCUUGUGGGCGGACGAAAGCCACCAGCAUUGCCGAGAGCGUUUUGGCCCCCAAAUCACGGGAGCUUUUGCUGAAGGACUUAGAGAACGCGCCUUACUUUUCUGUCGGAUCUGAUGCGUACAACAAGAGAAACAAGAAAUUUUUCCCAGUGACUGUGCGGUACUUUUCUGUGACGGAGGGCAUCAAGCACGGCUUGCUUGAUUUUUACAAUGAAUUGACAAGCGACUCGAUCGCCACGCGGAUCGCCAUUAUUCUACAGGAGAAUGGCCUCAACGUGAGCCGAGUGGCGUCCUACAUGCUCGAUAACGCCUCUGUGGAUUUUGCGAAACACUGGGCAGUGUUCCAGGACCUCAAGCAGCUUAAUGACGGGCUGAUACAGGUGGGAUGUAUGGGCCGUGUCAUCCACAACUGCCUCAAAAAGGGGAUGAGAGCGUUGAGCUUCGACGUGGAAACCCUGAUUUUCAAGAUUUACAGCGAGUUUUCGUCCUCGCCCAAGAAGACGGAAUCCCUUACGUCGUUUUUUGAGUUUGUGGAAACGGAAUACAAAGAUGUGCUCCAGCACGUGUCUACGGGAUGGCUUUCUCUUCUGCCUGCCAUUGACCGAGUCCUGGAAAACUGGUCGGUGCUGAGGGCGUACUUCUUGUCCGAGGGCGAAGAAGAGAGCGUGAAGAUCGUGUGGGAAGCGUUCAGCGUGGAAGAGCACGAGUCUCUUCCUCUUUGCUACGUUCACUUUGUGCACAACCUGAUGAGGAUAUUUUCCGAGGCUGUGAAAAAACUGGAAUGCGACCACGUUGGCAGCACAGAAUUGCACGGUGUACUGGAAGGCCUCCACUGUAAGCUCAAGAGAAGAAGAGAGGACAAAUUCUAUGGCAGGUCUGCCCAAAUCAUUUUGGGCAACAUCUGUGCCUUGGACAACCAAAAAUUCACCGAGGAAGCCGAGGGCAUGUUGACGCGGUGCAUCGCGUACCUGGAGGAUUGUUACAGUUUCAAAACGUCUCCGUUCGAGCCGAUGGCCGUGCUCUCCCUUAACAAUGAGGUCAAGUGGUCUGAUUUGGUGACUCUGGUGGCCGCCCUGCGCAUUGAGAUAGACAUUGACCAGUUGUACAAUGAGUACUGCGUUUUGCAAAAGUUCCGAGAAGAGGUCGUCUCCAGGGAGCAGAAAAUAGAUCAACGGUGGGUGAAAAUUUUCAGGCAAAUCCCUGAGCGUGCAGACAGCCAGCUGUUGAAGCUGGUCUCCUUUGUGCUGUCCAUUCCCGUGUCCAACACCUUCUGCGAGAAAAUCUACAGCCUCAUGGCACAGCUGUGGAGCAAGGACAGAAACAGGCUGAGCGACAGUGUGGUGAAAGCGGAGCUGCAGGUGCAGCUGAACUUCAACAUUUCCUGUGCGGACUUCCACGACUUCUUGUACAAGAACCCGGAGUUACUCAGAGCAGCCAGGGGCCAGCAGAAAUACCGAUUUAAAAAGGAAGACCCGGAGGGUGCUGCCUUUCCCUUGGCAAUUCAGUUUUGAGAAAGGUCGGGGCAAACCAGGAAGAAACCAAGGGCCAGUUGGAAGAUGGCAUCGUGUGGAUGCUCCAGAAAGGACUGAUCUGGUUUGGAAGCCAUGUUGGAGCACUGCAGCCAUUACAGAUGCAACCUCUCUUAUCUGCUCCUGUCCAAACUGAACUGACCCAUUUCGUAGUAAACUGAGCCGCCACCGUCGGGGAAGUUCCUUGAAAGCACAGAGUUUGCAGGUUGUCUCCGUGUUCAGAGUUCCACAAGGGCAAGCAGGCGGAAGGGUUUCCUGGCAGCCAACUUUCAGAAGACUCAGUGCCCAUAGCUUGGGGGCGGGGGGGGGGGGGUUGCAGGCUACCGUUCUUGGCCUCUCCUGCUGCUGGCACCUGUACAACUGACGGCCUGAAUGGAAGGAGGGAUCUGACUGCUUUCACUUAGCAUCCUUGUCGUGGGCCCAUUUCAGGCAUUGAUGUCCAUGAGUCGAGAGAAAUCCUCGGUUAAAACAAAAUUGUUAGGUGCCAUUUUUAAAUGUUGUGAAUUUUUCUGUCUGUUUGUAUGGAUUUCUUUGAAAUGACUCUGGGUGGGGGAAAGGGGGAGGCAAGGCAAG